GCCGUCCGACGAGUUGCUCCGUCGUCGCUACCGCCGCCGCCGCCUUUACUGCUGAAGCUGAUUCCACCGCCACAGCGCCGUCAGUCAACCCCGCGAUAUCGUCGGCGUUGGGCAUUUAACGUUUCAUUGAAAAAACAAUAGUAAUAGUUUUGCAGUUGACAGAUAAAUAUUUGUUGUUGCGACGCGUUCGAGAUGGACGACCGUCGGCGGGACCGAAAUUGUACCGUUGACACGACUUCGGCCCAUACUAGUGCGGCUCGCCGAUGACCCAAUCAGAGAAACGAUCAGGAUUAUUUUAAAUGAAGAAUUAGCAAUUCCAUAUAGUUUUUAUCGACUAAGGAAUUGCGAUGAUGUUCCCGGGUGACAUGAGCACUUCUUCUAGAGGAACUCCUCCAGUUCCAGUGUUCCCACUCAGGUCUACAGGUCACAGUUCGCAAUACUCACCAUAUUCGACUACCAGAUUCCAAGACAUUCAACAAAAGUGUAAUUUUAAAUGCUCGUGGAAAUGUAGUUUUUUGAUAUUGUUUAUUGUUACGCUCAUUGUUACAUCAUUCCUAAUAUAUUUCAUAACAAUGAAAAGUUCAUGUUCAGACAUCAAGGAAAAAUGUGUCCUCAUGGAAAAGGCUCGAUCAAUUGCUAUGGAUUCUGAUAGUCCUCUUGGGUUUACCACUGAAAUACAAUCAAUAAGUACUACUACUGUUGCGAACUUUACAAUUCAUAGUAAGUCAAACAUGGACGCCGUAUCUGAUGAUCAAAGUGAGAUGCAUCGCCAUCAUACUCGAAAUCAGUGGCCCUCAUUACUAGAAAUAACUAGCUUUAGUACGCCGUAUAGUUCUAUUGUUCAUCCAUACCACUUCUGGAAUCUAGAGUUUCAUAAUAAGCAGCCUGUGUUCAUGAGACUGAAUCUGACACUUCCAUGGGGUGCUAACUUUGCUGUUUACGGUCGUAGAAAUGUAGCACCAACUAUCACUCAACACGACUUUUCUGAGUUCGUAAAAGGUGGUCGAUUAGAAAACCGAGUAAAUCGAAGAUCAAUCGAUGAUCCCAUGGAAGAAGAUCCAAUGGUUGUGAAUGUCACACUAAUUGAAUAUUUAGAUGCGGGUCGGUGGUUCUUAUCAAUUUACAAUGAUGAUCUUAGGCCGCAUACAGUUAUAUUAAGACUAGCCGAGGCUGAAGAUGUUACAACAACCUGUCCUAAUGAAUGUUCUGGUCAUGGAUCCUGUUAUCUAGGCAAAUGUGAUUGUAUAGAUGGGUAUCAAGGAAAUGACUGUUCUAAAAGUGUUUGCCCUAUGCUAUGUUCCAAUCAUGGAAAAUAUGGCGGAGGUUUAUGUCACUGUGAAGAAGGCUGGAAAGGUACUGAGUGUGAUAUACCAGAAACAGACUGUAGAGUGGCUGAUUGCUCUGGACAUGGUGUAUGUAAAAAUGGUGUUUGUCAAUGUCAUCAAGGGUGGAAAGGAGAUGAAUGUAAUCAAGCUGAUUGUAUGGACAAGAGUUGUUCUGGACACGGAAUAUGUAUGUCUGGAAAAUGUUACUGUAAAGCAGGGUGGCAAGGUGAAGAUUGUUCGCUGAUGAACAAACAAGUAUUUCAAUGUCUUCCUAGUUGUUCAGAUCACGGUACUUAUGACUUAGAAUCAGGAGUUUGUGUUUGUAAUAAGUUCUGGACAGGUCCUGAUUGUUCACAAGCUUUGUGUAAUUUAAACUGUGGGCCUCAUGGUAAAUGCGAUCAAGGUAAGUGUGAGUGUGACGUUGGUUGGACAGGUGACAGGUGUGAUCAACUUCCAUGUGACGAUCGAUGCACGGAACAUGGCCAAUGUAGAAAUGGUACUUGCGUUUGUUCGAGAGGCUGGAAUGGAAAACACUGUACAUUUCAGGGUUGUAGUAAAGGUUGUGGAAAUCACGGAAGUUGCGUAAUGACUAACAAUAUAUAUGGUUGUGUUUGCAAAGAGGGAUGGGCUGGUGAAAGUUGUUCAAUUCGUUUGGAAACUGAUUGUAGUGAUGAAAUCGAUAACGACGAAGACGGCAUGACUGAUUGUUCGGAUAGUGAAUGCUGUAAUUCACCAUCGUGUGCUGAGCACAUUAUGUGUUUAGCAUCAAACGAUCCAGUUGACGUUCUUCUCAGAAAACAGCCACCAUCAGUGACGGCUUCUUUUUACCAGAGAGUUAAGUUUUUGGUCGAAGAACACAGUGUUCAGAGUUAUGCCCAUUUGGACGAAUAUAGUGAAAGUGAAUUUUGGAACUCCUUUACACCUGGACGUGUUUCUGUUGUUCGUGGUCAAGUACUGUCGCCCCAAGGGUUGGGAAUCAUUGGAAUUCGUGUGUCUGUUGAUCGUGAUUCAAGAUUUGGAUUUACACUUACUAGAGCUGGUGGAUGGUUUGACGUUAUGGUUAACGGCGGAGAAGCGGUAACUCUUCAGUUCCAGAGAAGUCCAUUUAAACCACAGAUAAAGACUUUAUUCAUUCCGUGGAAUCAAAUAAUAUCUUUAACGCCAAUCCGAAUGACAUUAAACGAAGAAAUAGACUCUUAUAAAGAAUCUACAAUGGAUAAUAAUGGCAUGCUGUAUGAUCAGAAUCUAUUCAAUGUCACGCCAUGUAUAGAUCAUAGAGAAAUCCCUCAAAUUGUGUCUACAUGGCUUCCAGAGAAAGUUGGUGGAAUGCCGGGUAAAAGUGUUAUUUUCGCAGAAACUCAGUUACUUCAAGAGAGUAUAAGUAUUCCUGGAUCAAAUCUAAAUUUAAUAUACAGAAGUAGUUGGGCAACUGGUUAUUAUUCUUAUUUAAUAAUACAUCUCACUCAAUCCGACAUCUCGCCCCAUUUAAAAGUUGUUCAUAUAACCGUUGAAAUUGAAGGCUCUGUUUAUAAUCAUAAACUAGAAGCAGAUCCAAAUUUGAAAUAUACAUUUACCUGGGAUAAACGAAAUGUUUAUAAGCAAAAGGUUUAUGGAAUUGCAAAAGCUAAAGUAUCUGUAGGCUACGAGUACAUUAAUUGUAAUCAAAUUGUAUGGGAAGUUCAAAUGACUGUUUUACAAGGAUUUGACGUUGAUAUAUCCGAUAUAGGUGGAUGGAGUUUAGAUGUGCAUCAUCAUUACAAUUUCCACGAAGGUAUUUUACAAAAAGGUGAUGGUUCAAUUUUAUACUUCAAACAUCAAUAUCCUCAUACAUUACAUGUUGUUACUGGUACUGGACUUCAAAGACCGUUAAAUUGCAAAGAUUGUAAUGGUAUUGCGAAAGAUACUCGACUCUUAUCACCUAUUGCGUUAGCUAGUGGUCCUGAUGGCAGCUUGUACGUUGGUGACUUUAACCUUAUAAGAAAAUUAACUCCAGAAGGAAAUGUCUUCACAGUUUUACAAUUAAGUGCCACACAAGUAUCAUAUCAAUAUUACCUUUACCUAUCUCCAACUGACGGAUAUCUUUAUGUUUCUGACCCUGAAAGACAUCAGAUACUUCGUGUAACAAAUACUAACUCUGUAGCAGAUCCUACUGUAAAUUAUGAAGUUUAUGUGGGCUCCGGAGAACGUUGCAUACCUGGAGAUCAUAAUAGUUGUGGCGAUGGAGGUUCUGCAAUAAACGCAAAACUAUCAAAUCCAAAAGGUAUUGCUAUAUCAUCAGAUGGAACAUUGUACAUAGCUGAUGGCACAAAUAUCAGAGUAGUAAACAAUCAAGGUAUCAUCAAAACAUUAAUUGGUCAUCAUAAACAUAACAAUAUUUGGCAACCCAUACCUUGCAAAACUUCAUUGCCAACUUCUCAAGUACAACUUCAAUGGCCUACUAAUCUAGCACUGAAUCCAUUAGAUGAGAGUUUACAUAUAACUGAUGAUCGGAUAGUAUUAAAAGUAACCAAAGACAAUCGAGUAAAAAUAAUAGCUGGAUCUCCAUUACAUUGUUACUCAAAUAAUGAUGCCAAUAAAGACUCUUUGAAAACAACUGUUAACCAAGAUCUUAUGUCUGAGUCACAGAAAGCUACUGAAACGGCUCUUGGAACAAUAGUUGGAAUAACAUUUAGUCCUUACGGUGAUUUAUAUGUAGCGCAAAGUGAUUCACGAAAAAUUAAUUCAAUUAAAGUUAUCAAUUCAGCUGGUUAUAUAUCACAUUUCGCUGGAUACCAACAAAAUGAAAAUUUACAAAAGCAAUGUGAUUGCGACAACACCAAUACUACUUGCCAGUGUGGUAAUGGUUCUCGUGAACACUUGCUCUCAAUCACAGCCAAGUUUACUACGAUAUCAGCUAUAAUAGCAUCUCCAGAUGGAGUACUGAACAUAGCUGACCAAGGUAACCUUCAUAUACUUGCACUGAAACCGUACCUUCCAUCCCAUGAUUUGAAUGGUGAAUUUCAAAUACCUUAUCCCGCAACUGGUGAAUUAUAUGUAUUUAAUAGAUAUGGACAGCAUAUUUCUACUCUAGAUUUGAUGUCUGGAAAAGUCCGUUAUACUUUCUUAUACUCUAAAAACACAAGUUUUGGAAAAUUGUCUACAGUUACUGAUGGCUCUGGUAAUAAAAUGCUGUUUUUGAGAGACUACAGCAAUGUGGUGAGUGCUAUUGAAAAUUCCCAAGACUAUAAAUCAGAAUUAGUGAUAUCUGGUGCUGGAAAUUUAGUGAAGUUUUCUGAAAAAGGACGUUCUGAAAUUACAUUUAAUUAUGAUAGCAACUCGGGUCUAUUAACCAGCCGUUCUGAUUCCACAGCUGAAGGAAGCUCACUAUACAUUUAUAACUACGAUCAACUUGGACGUCUUGUUAAUGUUGUUUUACCGACUGGUGAAAUAUUUGAAUUAUCUUCGCAUAUAUCUAUGGAAGACGAUAGCUUUGAAGUGAAUGUUUUCACUCCUUUGCACAACCCAAUCAGCUUAAUGUCAUUAGAUGGUCAUAAUGAUCAAAUAACCAUUAAAAUGGAAGGCAAUGACUAUAAAAAACUAAUUGUUAAAAAUAGUGCAUCUUCUAUUAACGAGGCCAUCAACUUUAAAAAUGGUUCAUUUAUGUUCAGAUCAAGAUCUGGUGAAGUUGUUCAAUGUUUUGCUGAAUCAAAGCAUCCAAUAUUAGAAUUGUCAUUACCUGUUGAAGCUGAAAUGUUACCGGUUUUUAAUAGACAAGUUUCAUCGCGGGGUAUUCUAUCGAACACAAUUUUGUGGACUUACUCUCUUGUUGGUGAUGCUGGCUCGUCUAAAUCUAUAAUAAGGAGAAAACUAACUGUCAAUAAUAGUUCGGUUCUAAUCAUUGAUUAUAAUCAAUAUUCAAGAGUAGAAACCAUUUUUAGUAGUGAGAGACCUUCUACUUCAUUACUUAGUAUUUCUUAUAGUCCAAAUGGUUUACCUCUAUCAUGGACUAUAGGUUCAUCAAAACAUCAUGUGAAUUUAACGUAUGAUAGAUUUAAUCGAUUAGAAUCUUGGAGCUGGGGUGCUAUUAAUGAACAUUAUAAAUACACCCAUCAUGGUCUAUGCAUAGAAAAAUUCUUAAGUCACAGAGGGCCUAUUAAAUAUAUUUACAAUGCAUGGAAUAGGAUUUCUGAAAUUGAACUUCCAACCAAACGCAAAUUUGGUUAUUUGUAUGAUGAAUCUGGUGGUUUAAAAAACAUAGUCUUACCUUCUGGAACCAAACAUACUUUCUCGUCUCAAACAUCAUUAGGAUUUAUAAGAUUUACCUACACCCCGCCAGGUUCAACAAGAUCUUAUUUGCAACACUAUAGCUAUACAGGAUGUUUGCUACAAACCGUUUAUCCUGGUGACGGUGCUCGUGUUUUAUAUAGAUACCGUAGCUCUGGACAGUUGUCACAGGUUGUUCAUGGAGAUGGUAUAACUAAAGUAAAAUAUUGGACAAAUACUCAACUUCCUAGCCAAGUGCUUAAUAUUGAAAAUGACUUUGAAUAUCGUUGGGAUUAUCAGUACAAUGAUGGUUUAUUAAUAGAAGAAAGAAUUGACUAUGGUCCUAAAACAGGAUUAAGCAAUGCUAAAAUUACAUAUGAAUACGAUAAUAAUUUCAGAGUAACAUUGAUUGAAGGACGUAUAGGUGGACAAAGUUUACAAGAAUAUCGCGUGCAGUAUAAUCCAAUAACAGGAAAAAAACAGAUAUUUGGACAAUUUGAAAUAUUAAGCAGUGGUAAUAUCACUAAAAUAACAGAUGGUACUGCGACAUUUAAUCGCAUGACCAACGACUACUUCCAAGAAACUUACGUGUCAGUUAUAAUACACCAAAUGGAAGUUUUUCGCAUGGAAUUUGUAUACAAUUUAGAUAGUCGUAUUGUACAAUCUCGCACUUACACUCAUAAUGUAGGAAUUAAUACUUAUACAAUAGUUAAAAACUACACUUAUGAUGCGGAUAGUCAACUUUUGUCCGUUGACGCUCAAGAACCUUGGAGUUUUAAGUACGACCAGAAUGGAAAUAUGUUAGCAAUGACUUACAGAGGAAAUAUGAUUCCAAUGGAACAUAGUGUCAUGGAUCGUAUAGAAAAAUUCGGUGAAGGACUUUAUCGGUAUAAUAAUCGCGGAUUAGUUGUACAAAAUGCAAGAGAAGAAAAAUUCCAUUACAACUCUAAAGGAUUACUAGUAAGAGCUGUUAAAAGAGGUCGUUUCGAUGUACGAUACUACUAUGACCAUUUGAAUAGAUUAAGUACUCGCAAAGAUAACUUUGGAAACGUAACGCAAUUCUUUUAUACCAACCAUAAAAAUCCAAAUGAAGUCAAUCAAAUAUAUAGUCCUCGAGAUGGAAAAUUAAUGUCAUUGACUUAUGAUGAUCGUGGCUUUUUAAUUUAUGCUCAAGUAUUCAGACAUAAAUACUAUAUAGCUACUGACCACUGUGGUACGCCAGUAAUGAUAUUCAAUCAAUAUGGGGAAGGUAUUAGAGAAAUGAUGAGAUCUCCCUAUGGUCAUAUAGUCUAUGAUUCCAAUCCAUACUUAUACUUACCUAUUGACUAUUGUGGAGGACUAUUAGAUCAGGUUACAUCUUUGGUACAUAUGCCGGAUGGUAAAGUUUAUGACCCUCUUGUUGGGCAAUGGAUGUCACCGCAAUGGGAAGGAAUGUUAUCCAAAGCUACUGAACCUCAACAACUUCAUCUAUAUAGAUUCAAUGGAAAUGACCCUAUUAAUGUUGCUCCUACAAGACAGUAUCUUAAAGACGAGAAACAUUGGUUAUCGUUAGUGGGUUAUGAUUUAAACUCUGUAAUGCCUCAAAUGCCACAGUCUAUAUCAACAUUCCCAUCGCUAUUGCCAUCUGUUUCGCCUAUUCUAGGUUCGACACCUUUAGAUGUAACGUCUGUGUAUUUCAAUAAUUUAAAUAAGUUACUAAGCAAACGCAAAUUAACAUUCUUAUCCGAAUCGAAAACGCAUGCUGAACCUGCAAUCAACUCUUUUAAAGAAAAAUCAAAAUGGCUGGAUCCAAUGUGGAUUACGUUUUAUAUGAAUGAAUUAGAAGAACCAAAAAAUCGAGGUCCCAAAGCUCAUGGUGAUGACCCAGGAGCAUCUUUGGUGCCCCUUUUUGGAAAUGGAAUUCUCUUGUCUAGAUCCGAUGACGGCCGAGUUGUCGUGCAAAGUGUACCUAAUGCUAAUCCAAUCUACAAAGACGUAUUCACUUCAGUUUUUAAUGAUACAUUUUUACUACCAUUUAGCUUGGUUAUGCAUGGUGCUCAGCAGGAUGCAUACUACUUUGUGAAAAAAGACAUAUGGCAUGCCAAUGAAGACAAGGUACAAUUAAAGAGAUUUGGUACACAGAUGAAUACCACGUUUCAUGAAAAAGAAUCGGACAAUAAUUCUGGAAAGGUAGUCGACGUAAGAAUACAUUGCACAGACACCGUGAUGAAUCUACGUUAUGGUACAACAUUGGAUCAUGAAAAACAACGAUUAUUACAUCAUGCUAAAACAGCAGUGAUGCGAAAAGCAUGGCACCGCGAACGAGACUUAUUGAGAUUAGGUUUACCUACUAACAAAGACUGGACCACAGCUGAAGUAGAUGAAAUACUUAAAUCAGGGUAUGCUAGUGGAUUUGAUGGCGAGUAUAUAAGAGAUAUCGAAAGAUAUCCAGAACUAUGUGAUGACCCUUAUAAUAUAAGAUUUAUCAAAUCCAACUAAAUAAUUAUUAAAUAACAUCAUUGAAAUUAUCUUUUGUUCAAUAUUUUUCUGUAAAUAAGUUUUUAUAGAUAAAAACUUAAACAAGAUAUUAAUAUAUAUGUUAAACACACUAUACUCUGGAACAAUGGAUUUCAUGAGAAGUAUUACCAUAUUAUUGAACGUCCCAAUUCGUAUUAUUUUAUACAAAAUCAACUUUUCUUUUGUACAAAAUUUUACAUAUUAAUUCACUAUCUAUUACUAUAAUUUGUAAAAACUUCCAGUAACACAUUACGGAUUGUAAAUAACAAUUUUGUUAAUAAUAUUUUUAAUAUAAAUAUUUUGAUUUUGGCUGAAAAACGAAUCAAAAAUAUCGUUUUGUUAAUUUAUUUUUAUAUAAAAUGAGCUGAGUACUGGAUUUUUUUACUGUUCGUCCAUGUUGUUAUGAUGUGAAUACCUCGUGAUAUUUUUAUUUAAUUUAUGUAAAUUUCUGAGCCGUGUUCGUGUAAUUAUAAUAUUUUACAAAUUAUUGGUGUUAUUUAUCUCAUUUGAUUUUCGACGUGUCCAGAUGUUUAUAACAUUAUGAUUUUAUUAUUAACAAUAACAUAAAAAUAUCUAUGUAAAUUUUUAAAAAAUAAACGAACUGCUCUUGUGCAGUAAU